GCGGUAAAUGUAAACACAAACUAGGAGAAAUUGUAAAAUAUUUAAUAUCAACAAAUAGUCGACCUACUACUGGUAGACUAACUAUGCCGAAACUUUAUAAGUUUCUAUUAGGUCUAAAUUGUAACAUCAUGGUUCAAAGAAUGGAAUUUUCGUAUCUAUGAAAAUAUUGUGAAAAUAAAAUGGAUGAUGAAAAAUCAAAACUGAGGGAUAAAGAAAAGCAGCUGGCAAAUCUGAAGAAGUUACUAGCUAUUAAAGAAAGAAAAUUAGAGAGAAGUUUACGAGCCAACAGAGUGAGGGAACAUGUGAGGAAAAAAAUAAAAGAACAAGCCCUGAUUUCUGCAAGAGAAGAAGAGCGACAAAAUAUUUCCCUUCAAUCAGAGAAGACUCAUGAGACUAGUUUAUCAAGGAAGAAACCUACAAAUCUCAAAGUGUCUGCUCAAGAUUCUCGAUCGGAAAAACUAUAUGGCUGCUCAAUUCAAGGAAAUGUAACUCUUAUAACCAAUUCUGUACACAAAACCAAAACUUCUUUUCCUUUAAGAGAUGAAAAAUCAACACCUAGGCAUGGUCAAAGAACCCUUGAUCCUUCAAAAGAAGGAAAAUCAUCUGAUAAAUCUGUGUUCAAUGUAAAACAUUCACAUCGAUCACCUCAUAAACAUGUAACUCCAGGUAACUCACAAAUACCAAGAAAGUUAAUUCAUAGUUUUACAGACAGUACAUCACCACUUUUGAAACUAAGUCAUAUUACACCCCUUUCAAAUGAUAAAGAUACUGUUAAAUUGCGAAGUAAGAAAAGCCAAACUUCUCAUGAAAAAUGUUUAUCAGCAGAUCAAAUUGAGGUUAACAACUCUUGUAAUAGUAAAACAAUUAUCAACCAAUCACAUAGUUUGUUGUUAAAUGAUUCGUUAAGUUUUACUCCCACAUUUAACUUGGAGACUCAGGGGAGACAACCCAAUUAUCCUGAUGGGGAUAGUAUUUUAGGUGAGCAUUUUAAUGAAGUAAAUCAUGGAAGGCGGUUUGUUGAUAAUCCUUCAGUGAAUUCAUUGUCUUUGUCCGAGAAGUCAGAUUCUGUUUUAGGUGAUAAAAUAUUUAGACAUGAGACUUCUACUUCUGACGAGUUAGUGUUAAUAAGCCAAUCAAAAUCUAGCACGAAAGAAGCCAUAAAUCAGUCCAAAUCAAAGCAUGAUAGUGAAAAAAGACUGAAAAAUUGCAUCUCAAAUGCUGUUGACAGAAAAUCAUUGAAAGUUAAAAGCCAGGAGAAAGAGAAACUGAUCUAUGAAAGUCAAGACAGAAAAUUUGACAAAAGUUCUAAAUCUCUUAUGGAAGGGGAAGAUCAGUUACCAGCCCAUCAUUACAAAAAAGAAAAGGAUAAUGAAGACUGUUCUUCUCAGCAAAGAAAAGUAAAUCACAAUAAAAUUACAUUACUUAAGAAUCAAGAAAAUAUAAGUUGUAAUAAAGAACCACCACUGGAAUUAAAAACAGCAAAUGAAAGCUCAUUUUUGAAUUCCUCUCAAGAAGAGCUUUCAGAUACUGAUUCUCAAAAGUCAGUGUCGAUUCUAAUUGACAGAAAUACAAACACUCCUACAAAUGGCUCUGAUAAUAAGACUAUUGAAAUAUCAUCUGGUGAUGAGGAUGAAGAAGUGAAGAUCAAACCACAGAAACCAUAUUGGUCUACUACAAAUUCUGAUAAAAACAAAGACAGCAAAAGUUCUCCCAUAGUCAAAAAUUUAUCCACUGCAAAUUUCAAAUCUAAAAUAGAUACAAAAAAUAACUUUGGUCAAAUAGCAAUUUCCAAAUCAGAAAUCUCGCCUGAAAAACAAUUUCAAUGUAUAGUAGAUGUUCUCAAUAGAAGUCAAAGUGAUAGUGAAUUUAGUCUACAAGCAGUAUCACAAGAUAGUCUGUCAAACAAACCACGUCAUUUACAGUCAAUGAGAACACCUCUCUUCUGCUCUAAAAAUCCUUAUACUGAGUCACAUGUAGAACAACAAGGAAUCACCAAAAUGCCAUCACAUAAAAAUGAAAAUGGAUGUAAACAGGACACAUAUUCUCAGAAUUCCACUUCUCUUACUGAAACUGAGGAUGGAGAUAUGUUGUCAUUGAAGAGAAGAAAGUUCAAAAAUAGAAAAAGAAGUUUUAAUAGAACUUCAAUUAAUAGUUGUGAUAGUUCUCAAGAAUCGGAUAUGAAACGAAUUAAAUUAGAAGAAAAGCCCAAGAAGAGAUCAUUGUGUGUUACAAGUGCCCUGCAAGGGGAUACAUUAACCAGACAUCCCAGCAAAUCUGAAAGUCAAAAUUAUUUAUCUUCUUGGGAAGGAAUGGAUGGCAAUACCACAGAUAAUAAAAAAAGGCAAGAGAAUGGAGCUACUUCUAUAUCGGAUAAUCUUGAGAAUGUGAUAAAUUCAAAAAGUCAGACAAGGACGAUUUCAAAUUCUGAAGUUAGUGAUCAAAAGAAGAGCUUAAAGGAGAUACAGAGCGUACAAGAUUCAGAGGUUAGUGAACAUGUUGACAGUGUUGAUGAAAUUCGAGAAGAGAGAAAUUUAGAUGAAGAUAAAACCAUCUCUUUGAAAAAUAACCAGUCAAAUAAACAUAAUGACAGACAAUUCAUAGAGUAUUCACAAUUUACUGAACUAGAUAUAGUCGAGUUUUCACAGUUUAAGUUUUCAGAAGAAUUCCUAUCCAGUCAAAUGUCUGCUUCAAGCGAUGGUAAUCCUAGGAAAAGAAGAAAGAGUCACCUCGGCAAAAUUAUUCAGCGAAGAUCUCCCCGAGUUUUUUCUGCUUCUUCGUCACUCAUUUCACAAUUGUCAGAGGGUUAUUCUGAAAAGUCCUCAAGAUUAACAAAGAAAGAAAAAUGUCUUAAAAUUUCAUCCGUUUUUCAAUUUCUGGUUGAUGAGGUUAAGAGAAAUAAGAGUGAAAGUGAAUUUAGUUUACCAGAGAAUGUUUUCAUGAAAUUCAUAGCAAUAAAGAAUUCGGAAAGGGCAUCAGCAGAACCCAAAACAAAGAAUUUAGAAGACUUUGAUUCAGUUGGCCGAGUGUCUCAGAUGAAAGCCUCUUCAGGAUUCAUAAAUUCUGAAUCAAAAUCUGAAUUGAAAGAACCACAAGAGACAACAGUCAAAACAUGCAAAUCGGGAAAUGUUCAAGCAUUCAAUUCAAAAGUUAGCCCUACUUCAUUUCUGGAUGUUGAUGUAGUUUAUGAUUCAGAACCAAUCAUAGAAGAUGACUCUUUAAGUGAACCAAAAUGUUACCAUAGACAUGAUGCAAUGGAAUCACAGGAUUUUGAUGUCUCUGUGAUCUCUGAAACCGAAAAUGAUAAAUCUGUGGUUUCUGAUGUUAAGAAAUCCAAGAAGUCUGUGAACGUAAAUUCAUUUGAAACAAAACAUAACCUUGGGAACAUUUCCAUGGAAUCAGGGAAAAUAGAUGUCUCUGUAAUAUCAGAAAGUGAUACUGAUAAACCAAUCGUGGAAAAUAUUGAUGAUAAUAUGCAGUACCCAAAAGCUUUGAAAAAUGAAAAUCCUUUGGAGAAAACUCCAUUGUUCAAGAAAAACACUUCCUUGAAAACUAUCAUGUCAGAUGUGGACAAAGUGACAACGGAUAUAAAUCCUGUAUACUUGAGGAAUGGUGUCCAAAAUGUAUCAAAGGUAAUUUCUGAUUCAUCGGAAAUGGUUGAUGAAAUUAAUAAUGAAAAGAGAUUGCUUAGUGAGAAAAUAGAGGACACUUCAAAUGAUUUCAUAGAAUUUAACUGUAAUAAUCUUGAUGAAGUAUCGGAGGAAAAUACUAGAACAGGAAAUAAUCAAGCAUUGAAUGUGGGGAAUUCUGUAGCCACACCAAAAAUAUCUGAUUUAAAAAACAGAAAGAAGAGCUUGAUAUCUCAUUUAAAUUGUGCCACCUCAACACCUAAAGUUUCUAACAUUUCAACUUUAGAAUCCGAUCCAUUUACAACACCAAAAGAUGCUAAUUUUAGAAAAUGUUUCAAUUUCCCAAAUGAUGAAGGAACUCCUCCUUUAUUCAAGUCACAGAAAGAGACAACCCCUAUUAAAGACUCACUUGGUGUUGAGAAGUUACUGGAUGAUAGUGUAUUAAGUAUAGACACACCUAUCCGGUCUGAUGAUACAUGUGACAAUAAGAAUAUUGAACCAAUAGAAUGCAUCAAGUUAUGUCGAAGAGAACCAGUAGUAUAUAUUAAUAGUGGAAGAUGGAUAAUGAAUGGAGAAGAACAACAGUAUAUCAUUAGUAUUUUACCAUCAGCUAUCAGUUUAUGGACUAAAGGUGAUGGUGAUUGGGAGAAUGAACUAGAUUGGUUUCUUUCAUGUAGUUAUCAAGCUACUAAUGGUUGGUGUAUUAAGAAACAGAAUAAGGUUGUCAUGGUAAUAAUGGAAGAAGAUAAAGAAGGAGAUCAAAGAUUAUCUUUAUUUUUCUAUGAUCUAACUUCUGGGGAAUCUAAUAUGUCUCCCAUAAAGUUAAAACAAGACUUAGAUUGCCCUGUAACAAGUUUAUUGUGUUGUAUACUAGAGACUGAUGAGGUUAUUAUUGGCUUUAAUCAUCCAACAACUCACUCAGCUGAUAAAUAUUUUCUAAUAGAUGGCUUUAAACAACUAACAGUAUGUUGUCAUUUGGAGAGUAAUACAGGAUAUUUGUUGGAUGUUCAACAAGUUCUACACAUUGAUGCGUGUGUUGUUGGUUUAACGGCUGAUAGAGAAGCUGUUAUUUGGAACCAUGAAGAAGGUUUUAUUUUAAAGAAGAUUAAUUUAAGUUGUGUAUUAUCACCGGGUGUUUCUCUAACAUCUCUACAAAAUAUUCAAGGUUAUUUAUUGUUUCAUCUAAUGAAUCGUGUAAAGAACAGUUCUCCAGGUUAUUUAAUGAUAGUCAAUCCUAUAAAUGAUAUCUGCCUAAUUCUUCAAGAUUAUCAAUCACUACAGUAUUCAUGGAAAGGGUUAAACAGUGUUGAUACAUUAGCUGAUAUGCAAAUAGCUGUUGAUAUCCAUGGUAACACAGGUUUAUGGGAUAUGUCUUCUGGAGAACUAUUGGCCAGUUUAUUAAGAUCGGAUGUUACAUCUACUAGCAUUUGCCAGUCAAAUCAGACUUUACUUUAUCUUGGACUUAAAACUGGUGUCAUUCAUAUAUAUUCUAUUUUUUGUUCAGAUGUUUUAUGAGUGUAAAUUAAUAUGUUAUUUAAA